AUGAAAUUCGUCAUCACAUUCUCUAUUCUCUCAUUGGGCCUGCUCGUCGUAGCCCAGCAAGGAGAGACCAUCCAUUGCGGCGGCAGGCUUCCAGCUUGCCCGCUAGACUACAAGUGCGUCCCAGACAGCCCAAAGUGCAACGACACUCGCAGCUGCGCUGGCCAUUGUGAAUUUAUCCGCAAAUACAGCGACUGCGGUGGCAAUCGCAUCAUUCCGAAGAACUGUCCCUCCGGCAGCAGAUGCUCUCCUGAUCCUCGAAUUCCCUUCACCGACUCCAACAUGCCUGGCAUCUGUAUUCCCAACAACCAGCCCCAGUGCGCCGGGUUCAUCGGCCUCUCGUGCCCCAAGGGACUCACCUGCUACGAUGUCCCGGAAGACGGAUGCGACCCUAAGAAUGGCGGAGCAGACUGUAUUGGAGUCUGCCUAUAG